CCGGGAGGGGGCGGCGGAGAUGGCUGCAUGGGCCUGGCUGCUCAGGGCCCCCACGGCCACCGAGCUGCUGCUACUGGCCUUGUGCUGGCUGGGCUGCUACUGGCUGCUGCGGCGGCCGCGGGCGCUGCCGGGGCUGCCGCCGGGCCCGGCGCCCUGGCCGCUGUUGGGUAACUUCGCCUUCGCCCUGCUGCCGCCGCCGCUGCUAAGGAGGUGGGCGGUGGAGGUACAGGAUGGCGCCCGGGGCUCCCCCGCCUUCUCCCCGCACGUCUUCCUCACUGGCCUCACCAAGAUGUACGGCAGCGUCUUCCGGCUCUUCGUGGGCAGCCGGCCCGUCAUCAUCCUCAACACCUUCGGGGCGGUGCGGGAGGCGCUGGUGCAGAAGGCAGAGGUGUUCAGCGACCGGCCCUCUGUCCCCAUGGUCGUCAUGAUCACGCACAAAAAGGGUGUUAUUUUUGCACCUUAUGGCCCUAUCUGGAAGCAACAGAGGAAAUUCUCUCUUUCAACACUGCGUCAUUUUGGAGUAGGAAGACACAGCUUAGAGCCUAAAAUCAUUGAGGAGCUCAAGUUUAUAAAGGAGGAAAUGCUGAAGCAUGGAAAGGAUUCAUUUAAUCCCUUUCCAAUCAUUCGCAACGCAGUGUCCAAUGUCAUCUGCUCCAUGGCCUUCGGCAAGCGGUUUAACUAUGAAGAUGAUGAGUUCAAGACAUUGCUGAAGAACAUGGCCCGUGCACUGGAGCUGAGCGUGAACAGCUACAUGAUCCUGGUUAAUAUCUGCCCCUGGCUGUACUACCUUCCCUUUGGACCUUUCUGGGAGCUUAGGAAAACAGAAUUAGAAAUUACAGCUUUCCUAAAGAAAAUUAUUGCGCAGCACAGGGAUACACUGGAUGCAGCACAUCCCAGGGACUUCAUUGAUAUGUACUUCAUCCAUGCAGAAGAAGAAAAGAACAACAAGGAGAGCAGCUUUAAUGAAGACUACCUGUUUUUUAUCAUUGGUGACCUCUUCAUCGCAGGCACAGACACUACUUCCAACACAUUACUGUGGUGUCUGCUCUACAUGUCUCUCUACCCAGAAGUACAAGAGAAGGUCCAUGCAGAAAUUGAAGAGGUUCUAGGACGUGACAGAGUUCCCUCUCUUGCCUACAAGGCUCAAAUGCCCUUCACGGAGGCAACCAUUAUGGAAGUGCAAAGGAUGACAGUGGUCGUUCCCCUUUCUAUCCCUCGGAUGGCCUCAGAAACUGCAGUGCUGCAGGGAUAUACUAUUCCCAAGGGCAGUGUAAUUGUGCCCAACUUGUGGUCAGUGCACAGAGAUCCUAACAUUUGGGAGAAACCAGAUGAAUUUCUGCCAUCAAGAUUUCUGGAUGAAAAUGGCCAGCUAAUUAAGAAAGAGACAUUCAUUCCUUUUGGAAUGGGUAAACGUGUGUGCAUGGGAGAGCAGUUGGCAAAAAUGGAGCUGUUCUUGAUUUUUGUGAGUUUAAUGCAAAGUUUUACCUUUUUGUACCCUGAAAAUGCUGCAAAGCCAUCUAUGGAGGGAAGGUUUGGUCUGACUUUAGCUCCAUGCCCAUUCAAUAUAAUAGCUCUGAAGAGAUGAUGAAAGAUCCGAAAAGAUAAGCAAAGAUAUUCUGCACUUUAAAAAUGCAGCUCUCUUUCCAGCUUGUUACUUUCCAGGAAAACACCAACUGCACAGGCUUUCAAAGUCAGUGAAAGUGAUCCAUUUAGACUUCUUCAAAGAGAAGAUCUCCUUUUUUUGUCAGCUAUUGCAUUCCACAAACAAACUGACACUACAGUUUCCAGUUUGCUGUUAAAACAUGCUGGACUUAACUCCUUUGUCUUUAAGCUCUUACUGGCAGUUUUUCAAGUGGUAAUACUGAGAGAAUGGUCCAAAAUAUCUGUAAAUGCCUUAAGAAAUAGUAAUUGUUAUUUCAAUAUAAGCAGAAUGCAAGCAUUUGAUUUAACAGACAGUGAAGGACAUCAUCUGAUAGUAAAAGGAUUAGCAUUUUCUGUAUGAAGAAACAUAAUAAUUGAGCUUAAAUGAUGACAAAUGCUUUUUUGGAAAUGACUAAAUGCCACUUCUUUUAACCUCAGAGGAUUCUUUCUUGCAAGUGACUGAUAGAUGCAUAUUGAAUCAAAUCAGUCUGGAUUCCUGGAUCUAAAUGUUCUUAACCAUUGGGGCUCACUUACAAGCAAGUAAUUCUGACUGUGAAAACUCCGGUUUGGAAACCAAAUGAAUCUUUGACUAUACCAUGUUCUGAACAUGAAAGGAGUGUGGUAGUGUCUGCAUGCAGCUGUUUUAUCUCAGAAUAUAAAUGAGAGCAUAUUUAUGUGACAGGAAACAGAAGUCUGUUCUCUGGUGCCAAGCAGAUAUUCCAGACAACAUCUGUGUUGCCACUUUGCAUUCACUGGUUUCCCCACAUCGAUAGCUAUAGUCUGGUUGAAACCAGACUUGGGAAAUAUCUGUGUGUGUAACCACAGAGUUGGGGCUUACACUCAGGUUUUUCACUGACAGUCCUUGUGGACAGCACUGCAACAACAUGUCUGGCUUUGAGAAGUGGAGCUUUACCUCCAAUACAGCAUCAGUAUGGCGUUACAGAUGUAUUUUACACAUUUAGGUAUGGAACAUCAGGAAUCUGACAGACUUGAGGUUUGAGGGUAAAGGCUUUCUCUUCUUUAUCUUCCAUAUGGAGUGAAAAGAUCUGUAGUUCCUACAGUAUUAGUACCACAGUUUUAGCACUGUUCACCAAUAUCAAACCAAUUGCCAAGGGAACCUACUGUUAGGUGUUUUGGAAAGGGGGCAAUUGGUCUUACCUUUUAGUUGAAAGAUAUCUCAAACAUCAGAAGCAAUAUUUUGGCAGGUAUGUAAGAGUUAACCUUUAAAUAAUUGUUCUUAAUCAUCCUUAAAUCUCUGUAUACACCUUUUGAUCUAGCAGAAUUUCACAUCACAGGAAAUAAAUACAUAUGAACUCUUGUAAGGAAUUGUGGGUUUCCCCCUCAUUGGAGAUCUAAAGAAUACUCCCAGUCCUCCUAAUGUCAAGUUACCUGACUGGAAUGUGAAAUUGACUGUAAAGUGGAAUUGGGUAUUCCACUGAAGAAAUUGAACCUGAAUUGUAAAAGAAGAGUCAACUCUUCAGCUUCAACUUCUUAUGUCACUUUUUGACUGGAAAUUUUCAGAGCCAGGUAGUGCCUAGCAAAGAUAGCAAGGUAGUUAUUUUGGAUUUAAAUGAAGGUUUUCUGUUACCUGUUUGUGAUAACAGUGACUUAAUUUCCAAAUUAGGUAUUUGGUUGGUCAGUUAUGUCACUGUGUGAGAAAUUCUUAUGUUUGCUAAUGUUUGCUCUUAUAGGUCAGCCCAUGCUUAUGGUAAUCUUUUUCUCUGUAUGAAAGUUUUGAAGACCCCAUAGCACAAUAAACAGUUGAGUUUGGUACCAAUGCUAGUAAACAUGCACUAAAAGCUGACAGUAUUGGAGCAGUAAGCACUUCAUUCUUUAACUUCGUAUUUUCCAAUGAGUAAACAGAUUGUGUACAGUUGGGAUUUUUGCCUGGAAAUCCUUACCAUGGAAUAUGCUUAAUUGGAAAGCUAUAAUUAAAUGCUGAUAAUAUUUAUCUUUGUGUUGAAAUACCUUUUAAAGCACCAUAAUGAUGUUGGUGUGCACCUGAUUGUGUGUAUGAAAUACCUGGCCUUUUAAUCAAGGAGGACACAUUUGAAAAGCACUUUAGUUUGGUGUUUUACAGGUUCCAAAGAAGACACAAUUAACAUAAUACCCUAAUAUGUACAUAAUUGUGCUAGUUUUGCCUGUUGGGUUUAGUUUAAAAAUGUCACCUUUCAAAAACUGUCUUUUGAAGUUACCCUCCUACAAAUAGUGCACUGGGAUGCAGUUUUUGGUGAUAUCUACAAUCAAGUGUUGCAUGGCAUGACAGGCUGAAGGUACUGAUGUCAUGGUGCAAACGUGUCAAUGUCUGCCAGAAUGCAAGAGGCUGUUGAAAUGGCCACUACAGAUCUGCCUUUCCUGCCUGCCAGAUGCACUGAAAUUUUCACAGGAUGCCAUAAAAGUAGCUAAACAAUAGCAUAAAAGCAAUUCAAUGUCUGUGGGUUUAGUGUGUCACCAUCUUUGUUAAACUGUAAGUAAAAUAGUAGCAGAUUUGGUUUGUAUCUGUAAAUAUAUCCUUCCCCUUAAGAAGAGGAAGCAUCUUAAAUGCCUUAUUGAAAAAUGUGUGUUUGUGUAAGUGGGUGGCCAGUUCUGAAUGCUGAAAGUGUUUCUAUAAAGGACUUCAGAAUUUGCUCCAGUGUAAUUUUAUUUUGAAUAAAGUAAUUCCCAAGUGUUUGACAA